AUGGCUUUUAUGAAAAAAUAUCUCCCCCCCAUUCUGGGGAUCUUCUUGGCCUACUACUACUAUUCUGCGAAUGAGGAAUUCAGACCAGAGAUGCUCCAAGGAAAGAAAGUGAUUGUCACAGGGGCCAGCAAGGGGAUUGGAGAACAGAUGGCCUAUCAUCUGGCAAAGAUGGGAGCCCAUGUGGUGGUGACAGCAAGGUCUAAAGAAAAUCUAAAGAAGAUAGUAUCCCAUUGCAUGGAGCUUGGAGCAGCCUCAGCACACUACAUUGCUGGCACCAUGGAGAAUAUGACCUUCGCAGAGCAAUUUGUUGCCAAAGCUGGAAAGCUCAUGGGGGGACUAGACAUGCUUAUUCUCAACCACAUCACCAACACUUCUAUGAAUCUGUUUAGUGGUGAUAUCCACAUCGUGCGCAGAAGCAUGGAAGUCAACUUCCUCAGUUAUGUGGUCCUGAGUGCUACUGCCUUGCCUAUGCUGAAGCAGAGCAAUGGAAGCAUUGUUGUCGUGUCCUCGAAGGCUGGGAAAAUGGCUAGUCCACUUAUUGCGCCCUAUUCUGCAAGCAAGUUUGCCCUGGAUGGGUUUUUCUCCUCCAUCAGGAUGGAACAUUCAGUGGCCAAGAUUAAUGUAUCGAUCACUCUCUGUAUCCUCGGCCUCAUAAACACAGACACAGCCAUGAAUGCCAUUUCUGGAAUAGUCAACAUGGAGGCAUCUCCAAAGGAAGAAUGUGCCCUGGAGAUCAUCAAAGGGGGAGCUCUGCGCCAAGAGGAAGUGUACUAUGACAACUCAGUCUGGACAGCUCUCCUGCUGGGAAAUCCAGGGAGGAAGAUUCUGGAACUCUUCUUCUUAAGAAGUUAUAGUUUGGACAAGUUUAUAAUCAACUAA